GCAGCAUGCAGAACACCAUUUUUGGUACUGCGUGUGGGUUUGUAGUGUGUGUCCCAAAAUCACAAAUUUUCGGGCCUUGCAUGAACUUGAUGACCGUCCUGGUGGUUGUGGCUUUUUCACUGACGAAUCUGCAUGGUGUUUCCCUCUGAUGGGAACUGGGCAACUGUGUUUAGAUGGAUAGAAAACAACUAUGGCAACGCAACAAGGUGAUUCACGCACCAUUGUUAUUGACAAUGGAUCCUAUGUCAGUAAGGCUGGAUUUGCGGGUGACAAUGAACCAUGCAGUGUCUUGCGGACAGUGGCGGGCAGACAUCGACAUAAGGAAUUUGCACAGAAGUAUUGUUCCAAUCCCAAAGACACCUACGUCGGAAACGAGGCAAUUACAAAGAAGGGUAUCCUCUGUCUGAGGUACCCCGUCGAACACGGUAUCGUCACCAAUUGGGAUGAUAUGGAGGCGAUCUGGCACCACACCUUCUACAAUGAUCUGUGUGUGGCUCCAGAGGAACACGCUGUCUUGCUGACUGAGAUUGCUCUGAACUCCAAGCCCAACAGAGAAAAGAUGACCGAGAUCAUGUUUGAGACUUUCAAUGUUCCAGCAAUGUACCUCGGCACCCAGGCUGCCCUGUCCCUCUAUGCGUCUGGUCGGAAGACCGGGAUAGUAUUUGAAUCUGGUGGAGGCGUCUCAGAAAUUGUGCCGAUCAAUGACGGUAAAACGUUGCUUAAUGCAGUCCAGACGUUUGAUGUAAAUGGACGCGACCUCUCUUUUUUCCUGAUGAAGUUGCUGCAAGAAAAUAGUAUGCCCUUCUGCUCAAAUGCUGAAUUGCAGUUGGUUCGUGAAAUUAAAGAGACGAUAUGCUACACAGCGCUUGACUUUGACCAGGAGAUGGUCGCUGCCCAGAACAGCUCCAGCCUGGACAAAAGCUAUGAGCUACCUGAUGGUCAAGUUAUCACCAUCGGCAGUGAGACUUUCCAGUGCCCAGAGGUGCUGUUCCAACCCUCUUUGAUUGGUAUGGAGUCAACGGGUGUCCACGAGGCAGUCUUCAACAGCAUCCAGAAAUGUGACAUGGACAUCCGCAAGGACUUGUUCAGUAACUUGGUAAUGUCUGGGGGAUCCACCAUGUUCCCAGGCAUGGCUGACCGGAUGAAUAAGGAGGUGACCUCCCUUGCUCCUGCCUCUGUGAAGGUGAAGACCAUAGCACCUCCUGAGAGGAAGUACUCGGUGUGGAUGGGUGGAUCCAUCUUGGCUUCUCUGUCGACGUUUAGUGAGUUAGCGAUCAGCAAGAAACAGUGUGAUGAGGUUGGCUCGUUGAUCGUUCACCAGAAAUGUCUUUAAUUGGAACUGACAAAAGAAUCAACAAGAUUGUUGCCGUUAAUCUAGGCAAUGUUAAUUUGGGUUUAUUCAAAUUCUAUUUUCUUAACUUUUAACAGUAUUACAGAUGGAAAUGUUGCCAUUGGUACUGGUUUCAUAUUAACUUUCAGAUUGAAAUUUUUUGUAUUUUCUAUGAUAUUUGUUUAAUUUUGUUAUUACCAAACACGCACUAAAAUGCCGCCACCAAUAAUUACAAUGCUUACUCAUGAAAACAGUUGAUGAAUUAAAUUACCUGAAAUAAAUAUUUCUUGCCCUGCCAUGCUGUUAUAAGCGUAUAACACCCAAGAAUGUUUUCGAUUGGAGGAUUGUUAAUAAUUUAGCAUUCAUAAUCCAUACCAGAUCCCACGUUAAUGUGCAUCUUUGUAUUAUUUACACGCAUUUUGGGGCUAUUCAUUGCAUAUUUUGGUCCCAUCCUUUUUUACUAUGGCACACUACUAGACCAUUUCACCAUGCAGUGCAAAAUACCCUAAAAAUGGAUGCCAGUAGAACACAAUUUUGUAAAAAAAAAAUACAAAAAUAUUGUGCUUUUGUCAAAAUUUGAAAGAACAACUUGGGUGUUUAUAAAACGAAUAGUAAAUGCUCGCAUUUGUUUAAUGGAGAUAAUUUUUUCGUUCAUUGAAGAUGGAAUGAUUGUUUCAUUCGACUCGACUAUUAAGACUUUAUCCUGUUGAAUGGAGCCUUGAACGGAACAUUCCAGGGCAUUUUCUGGCAUUUUUCUUUUCAUUUAGCCAUACCAUGUAGCUGUUUAAUACUUUAUAAAAAUUAAUGUUAAGUUUUUAAUUCAGCAGUCUUGCCGCAUGACACAAUCUACAAUCCAAUGUCGGCAAAUGCUACCAGUUGAGUUUGUCGGCAUUGGAUUGUGGGUUCGAAUCCCAGUCUGGUCACAGCAUGCUCUGAGCUCAAAAUAUAUUCAACAAAUAAUCAACUGUCUCUGCUCAUCACUGUUUGAAUUAGGCCUACUUCAUAUUCUGAAUGCAUGAACAGAAUUUUAAAAAGGCCCAAUUCAAAAAGUGAUGAGUAGCUAGAAGAUCAGUUGAAUAUCAGCAAAUGCGCAUAAUCUUUCCAAAUAAAACAAAAUGGAAAGAUUAUAAGCUUUUUGAGAUGAGAGUUGAGAUGGUUUCAGAGAUUGAUUUGGCCUUGGCUGCAAAUGGAUAUUUGCCAUUCGUGUAAAGUGAUUUUUUAAUAUCACUUUUCAGAAAAUUUCAUACUUCAGUUCCUACCUCCAUGCUUAUAAAAUACACUGGACACUAUUGGUAAUUGUCAAAUACCAGUCUUUCACUUGGUGUGUCU